GAGCAAGGUAAGCACUGUUCAACUCUUUAGUAAGUAGUAGUGACUAGAUUUCAUUGAGUCAUCCCAUCAUUCAUUCCCCCAAGCGAGAACCGAACCUUCUCUCAUUACUCAUUAGUCAUUUCUGCUUUCUCCCGGCACGCUGAAACCUCUCAAUUCUUCUUCCCCUUCUUCUUCAUCACUGUGUUCAUCAUAGAUUUCCUCAAAAAUCUGUCCGCCUGCUUGCCUUCUCAUCCGACCGUGUUGUCCCUUUCUCACAGGUGUUAUUUCCCAUGCGCUGUUGAAUUUUUUUGGCUUGAAGAAAUUCUGUUGACCCGUCGAUGAGCUCUUAAAUUUGGGGUUUUAUUCCGUUGAUCUGGACUGUCUUCCUAAUCAUCUCUUGACUUUCCCUUGGUUGUUUCACAAUUUGUAGGCUGGAGACUGAUGUAGAAGGAUUCAUUUUGUGGAUGUUCCUGAGAGAUGUUUGAUUGAUCGAUGGUGGCUCGUGAGUCUGCCAAUCUGGUUGCAUCUUGAAUUUGGUAUUCAAAUUCUACCUCUUUAUCUGUUGUUGCUAUGGUGAGAUGAAGAAUGCUGUAUAGUUGAGUGGGUAGCCCUGAAAAAUCUGAGGUGGAUAUCAUAUUCUGUUCCAAACCUUCGUUUGAGAGAAAUGGAGCAAAAUGGAGGUGAGAGCUGGAAGGAACUGGUACGGAAAAUGCUUCCGCCAGGUGCUUCUCUUCCUGAAGACGAGGCUAAGCUUGACUACUCCAUAGCUGUAGAGUACCUUGGUCCUCCAAUGCCUUAUGAGGUCCCUAAGGUUGAACCUCUCGAUGUCAGUUCCCAUGGAAUCCCAACUGCUGAGCCGCUCCAAGUCUCGAAUGGAUCAGCUGCGAAUCUAGGCCCACCUGUGAUCAACCCAAUACCUUUGCCAGUAUCUUACAUUGCCUGUGUCACAGACUCCCCCGUCCAAAGUCCACGGGCAUCAGCAAGCUCGGAGUCGGUAGUAUCGGUUCUCCAAAAUCGUGACUCUUCUUCAGCUUCAGCAUCAGCUUCACCUGCAUCAGCUCGAAACCCUCCAAAUCAGACAGUGGCUAAUGAAGCAAGGCGAGUGCCAGUAGUCAAGUUCAACACUGUUGAUACCUCUAGCCACAGCAAAGGCUCGGAUGCUGAGAAGUCAGUUUAUCCCGAGUAUGUAGUUGGGGUGUCAAAGGAAAAGAAGAAGCAAAAAAAGAGUAGGGUUUGUUAUCGUUGUGGAAAAGGGAAAUGGGAACUGAAGGAGUCAUGCCUUGUUUGUGAUGCAAAAUACUGUGGCAACUGUGUUCUUAGGGCAAUGGGAUCUAUGCCCGAGGGACGUAAGUGUGUCACCUGUAUAGGUGAGCCAAUUGAUGAGUCGAAGAGGUUUAAGCUCGGGAGGCAUUCCCGUGUCUUAUCGAGAUUGCUCAGUGCUUUGGAAGUUAAGCAUAUUAUGAAAUCAGAAAAGGAAUGCUCUGCUAAUCAGCUUAGGCCAGAGCAGUUGAUUGUGAAUGGGCUCCCUUUGAAACCGGAGGAGAUGGCGGAAUUACUUGGAUGUCCUUUACCACCGAAGAAAUUGAAGCCUGGUAGAUAUUGGUAUGACAAGGAGUCUGGUCAAUGGGGAAAGGAGGGAGAAAAACCAGAUAGAAUCAUUAGUUCAAACUUAAACUUCACCGGUAAACUCAGCCCUGAUGCGAGCAAUGGCAACACUGAAGUCUACAUUAAUGGCAGAGAAAUUACUAAGCUGGAGCUCAGGGUGCUUAAACUGGCAAAGGUGCAAUGUCCCCGUGAUACUCAUUUCUGGGUUUAUGAUGAUGGCCGUUAUGAGGAGGAAGGUCAGAAUAAUAUAAGGGGAAACAUAUGGGAAAAGGCAUCAACCCGGUUUGUCUGCACGCUCUUCUCUUUGCCGGUUCCUCAUGGUCAACCCGUUGGUCAGAGAGAUGAACCCAGUGCUUACACUACACUUCCGAAUUAUCUUGAGCCGAAAAAAGUCCAGAAGCUUCUUCUCCUCGGACUCCCAGGUUCAGGAACCAGCACGAUUUUCAAGCAGGCCAAAUUCUUGUAUGGAAACAGGUUCACUGUAGAAGAGCUUCAAGAUAUCAAGUUGAUGAUACAGAGCAAUAUGUAUCGAUAUCUAAGCAUCUUGCUCGAUGGACGAGAGCGUUUUGAGGAAGAGGCACUCGCAGAGAUGGAGACCGAAGAUCGAGACUCUGAAGCUGGUGGAGAAGCAGACUCGGUUGAAACCAACAACCAGUGCAUCUACUCCAUCAACCCAAGGUUGAAGCAUUUUUCUGACUGGCUGCUCGACAUUAUAGCCACUGGAGAUUUGGAUGCAUUCUUCCCUGCAGCCACGCGUGAGUAUGCCCCGCUGGUUGAAGAGGUUUGGAAAGAUCCUGCUAUCCAGGAGACAUAUAAGCGAAAAGACGAGCUUCACUUCCUCUCAGAUGUGGCAGAGUACUUCUUAAGCCGGGUUUUGAACCUUUCCCUUUGCUUCUGCAGCCAAGUAACCAGAGCGGUCGAGGUCUCCAGCAACGAAUAUGAACCGACUGAGCGUGAUAUCCUUUAUGCAGAAGGCGUCACCCAAGGAAAUGGUCUAGCUUUCAUUGAAUUUUCACUCGAUGAUCGGAGUCCAAUGUCCGAAGUCUACACUGAUAAUCUUGAAUCUCUUCCUCUCACCAGGUACCAACUCAUAAGGGUCAAUGCCAAGGGUAUGAACGAAGGGUGCAAAUGGGUUGAAAUGUUUGAAGACGUACGAGCUGUAGUGUUCUGUGUCUCCCUCAGUGACUACGACCAGGUGAGCUUAUCACCAUCCGAGGGCAGCGGAUUGCUGCUCCAAAACAAGAUGAUGCAAACCAAGGAACUCUUCGAGUCAAUGGUCCGCCACCCUAGCUUCAAAGACACCCCAUUCGUGCUUGUGCUGAACAAGUACGACCUGUUCGAGGAGAAGGCGAACAAGGUCCACCUCAGCACGUGUGAGUGGUUCUCAGACUUCAGCCCAGUGAGACCCAACCACAACCAACAGUCCCUGGCCCAGCAGGCGUACUACUAUGUAGCAAUGAAGUUCAAGGACCUCUACGCGUCAAUUACAGGGCGGAAGCUGUUCGUGUGGCAGGCCAGGGCGAGGGAUCGGGUGACUGUAGACGAGGGCUUCAAGUACGUGAGGGAGGUGCUGAAGUGGGAUGACGAGAAGGAGGAUAAUUACUUUGGUGGGCCUGAGGAUUCGUUUUAUAGUACGGAUGUUAGUUCAUCUCCAUUUGUGAGGCAAGAGUGAUACAGGGUGGUUUUGGUAACUGUUAUGCCUUGCUAGUUUAGGGGAAAAGAGGUUAGGAGGAAAGGUAAAGGAAGGGAGAAGGUAUUGGUAGUGGUUAAUAAGGCUAACUGCUUAAAGUGUAAUUGAUGUCAUUGUUGUUCCUGUUGUAAUCCCAAUCUCAAAUGCUUGUGUCUUUGAAUUGUAGCACAUUAGGUCAUGAAAGAAAUAACCAGGGCCUGCAUAUUAUCUGAUCUGGUUCAGAAGCAAAUAAGGAAAGACCAUUUGAGGGCCAUAAUCAGAACAAAUUAAGGACAAAAUCGAAUU